AUGCAGGAACUACUACGAUCCCGCGCUUCUGCCACCUCCCAGCUCUAUGCAGACCCGCACAAUCCCCACCGUCACCUGGAUCGGGGCUUGGUCCAUGAGCGUCUGGGGUUCCCGGAUCUCGCCUCUGCGGAUGCAUAUCGGGCGCUUUCGUUACUAGAUUCUGUUGUUGAUCCAGAUGGAUGUGAGUUCCAUGCCAGGCGGCGGGUAGCGGAGUCUUCGGCACCUGCACCUGUACCUGCACGCGGGGGAGACGACGAUGAGGAAGAAGAAGAAGAAGAAGAUGACGACGAGGGAUAUGAACCCAUCACAGAAGAUGAAUACAACGCUAUGAUUGGGCCCGUAUAUGCCCUGCUCGUGAGGAGCUUAGCCCGCUGUGGGUGUCUACGCGAUGCCUAUGAAUUCGCCCUUCGUGGCCGCACAGUUCUUGACGACCGCUCACUGUCUGAUGAGGGGUCCUCUACAGCAAAGAAGGACCUUGAAGGCCAGAUUGCGUUUAUAAAGCGGGAGUACUAUGCGUCGAAAGGCAAGGAUUCUCAAAAUGACGAAGAGGACAUCAACCCAAGCGCGUUGAAGGCACAAGGCUUCGCGCGCAGAAUCCUCUAUCCCUGGAAUGAGCACGAGCCGGAUCGCAAGUCCCCUGAAACUCUGAAACUCUUGAAUGAACGUCUUAAGGAUGUCGCUCCAAAAUGUGAAGUGCGAGCUGUUGCACUACCCGUCCUCCACCCGUCAUUAGACAGCACCGAGAAGGGAGAGGGCGAAAAAGAAAAAGAAAAAGAAGAAGAGGAAGUCUCCAUCCAACUCGGCCUCUUCGCUAAAGAAGACCUACAACCAGGCGAAACAAUUCUGCAUGAAUCCUCUCUCCUCACAGCCACAAACCGCCUACACGAUGACACUUGCGACGCCUGCAAUGCCCCCCUCCCGUCUCUCUCUUCCGAAAACCCCCCAGUCGCUUGCGAUGAAUGCUACGAUAUAAUCUUCUGCUCGCAGGCCUGCCACGAUAAGGCCCAGGAAGUCUACCACGGCGCCGUCUGCGGUCUCAUGGAGAGCCUCGAGUCCAUUGGGAAGGACAUUCCCGACCCAAAGGAUAAAGCCGACUAUUUAUACCUCUUGCUUCUUGGCCGCGCGCUUGCAAUGGCUGCAACGCAAGAAAUCCACCCUCUUGAUUUACCCGAGAUUAAAUAUAUCUGGGGCGAUUUCGUCACGGAAGACAAUAAUGAAGAUGCUAGUAGUACUAGUAGUCCCGGCAGCAUGAAAGGAACCCUCCCCUUUAGCUUCCAGCUUUCAAUCCUACAGCCGAUGCGGCUGAUUGAGGAAAUGCAACUCGACCCAUACACGACGCUGGAUAGGUACGACACGUGGGUUCUUAACACGAUGUACGCAAAGUUCCGCGGCACGGCCUCUGGUAGGCUUUCGACCUGGGAUGGCGGGCCGGAGACCUGCGCUGUGCAUCCGCUUUGGUGUUUGGCGAAUCACUCGUGUGAUCCGAAUGUGAGGUGGGAGUGGGGAGGGGAGAUUGCUUUUGUGGUUAGGGGGGAGAAAGAGCGGGCUGUGUGGAAGAGGAAGGGCGAUGAGGAGAGGGUUGAGGGCGAAAGGAGGGGCGAAGGGGUGAGGAAGGAUGAAGAAAUAUUGAACCAUUAUUGUGAUAUUGGGCUGGAUGUUAAGGAGAGGAGGGAAUGGGCCGCCGGUGCAUUGGGAGGGGCGUGUUUGUGUACAAGGUGUGUUUGGGAGGCUGGGGAGGUUGUGGGCUAA